AUGAGAGCACCCCCAUCACCAAGAAAAUCCAGGUCUGGUUACUUACUUUACUUCUACUUCCGACUGCGUCAAUGUUUUAGCUGCCAGAGAUUGAAGAGAAGGUGGCACAUUCACAAAUUGCACGUCCGUCAGUACAGUACUCGCUGGAACUUGAGUCCUCUUUCGGGAAUACAGAUUGAAGACAUGAUAAACGAGCCUUCUGGCUUGUGUCCUGGAAGCGCCAAAAAGAAACCACUGCUGAUAGCAAGGUUCCCAAAGGGCUGUCAGGAAUCACCAAGGGUAUACGUAUUACAAAGAAAUAACUUGUCUCGUUUAAAGUUAAGCAAAAGGAAAUAUGCCUUAAGGUUUUAUUACAAUGAUUUUUUUGGUAAGGGCUUUAACAAAAACCCUGAGUUUAUAAAUGAGAGCCAUCAACACUGUGCAGAAACCGUUAGAAAGAUCAAGAAAGCCACAGCAAAGCAUGCGGAUGUAAAAAUAAUUUAUCAUGACAAAAACACGAUAAGGAGCUACAGAUUGAGCAGUAAGAAUGACAAGAAUCUAAUUGUCCACGAUGUCCUUGAAGAAGAAAAGGAAGAAGAAGACUCUUCCUCAUUGUAUAUCAGAUUCGGUGAUGACCAUUCACUAAGAGUCAAAGACUACCACUCCUUACACAAGCACUCUCAGAAGAUUCCAUCGCAGCGCCGAAACAACGCUGUAGGAGGAAAGCCCAAGUUGCUGGAAAAACUUUUUGAAGAAGAACCAUUAAAAAAUAAUAACAACACGGUGAAGAAAAGUGGUGUGGUUAUGAAUCAAGGAUUUCGAGAUUCUCCCCUUAUCUCCUUCUCACACAUUAUUCAACAAUAA